GCCAGGUGCCGGCACGAUCUUCCCCAAAAUACGGGGGAUCUAUAGAAAAGGGUCAAACACCCACAAUCCUCUUCUUUACUUGAUCACUUUUCAAAACUAGAUUCUGUGAACUUUUAUUAGUUUGGCUUCCUGACAUACCCUUCACUCUGUUUUUCCUCCUUACAUCCUUGCCGUUUAUUCGCCAAACGAGUUUCAAGAUUCUUCUACCCAAGAUAUUUGCAUAGCACACAACAUACACAACACAUAAUGUCAGAUAAUAGUCUCGCUACCCAGGAAGACACGUUCCCUAUAGAUAUCACGUACACAACGAGUCGCAACGGCAAGUCACCCGACUUGGCGCCGAUGGUGUCAAAUGCCUCGUCGCUUGGGCUCAGGGAGACCCUCUCGCGCACGUUCUCGCGCCCGCGUGAGGGUGAGGUGUACUACGCCACGGGCCGUGGGGGUGCAGGCAACUUACAGAAGGCGCUGCAGCUCCCAUCACCACAGCUUGUACCCGUGGGCUCAAAUACGCCGAAUAUCCAGCACCCAGUGUACUCUACCGGCCGUGGUGGUCGCGGUAACAUGUUCUCCAACGAUGACCCUAAGGUGACUCGCAAGGCCCAGGACGUGGGGGAGGACUCGGUGAGCCCGGUUGUCUCUAACAUUGCGACGAAGGAACGCAACUUUGCUGUCGGCAGAGGCGGGUUUGGCAAUGUCAUCACUCCGAGCAAGAGCAACGCACUCUCUCCGCGCCCGUCCGACCCAAGAACCCCAGAAUUCCAGGCCCAGAACCACUACACAAUCCAGGGAAAGAAGAAGGGCGGGUUCUUGGGCAAAGUAAAGGAGUUGUUCAGCAAUUAAGAUUGCUAGAGUUUGUGUAUGACUAUGAGUUGCACAAGUCCUUCUUUUACCCUUACCUAGGUUACAUUCCUUCUCCAUUGUCAAUAUCUAUCCACGGGAUCCAUGCCUAUUGCUCCCCGCUACUUUUUCUUCUUCUCAAUGAUUUACUUCCACUCUCUUUUGGGGUCAUCCUCACGUCCUUAUGUUUUAAUCCCCAUUUUUCUUUUAUGUAUAAUGUCGCUUUUUUCUUCUUUCCCUCUGGUUUUAUGCCCUUUUCUGCUUUGAUUCAUGCCUCCUCCCCAGAUUUAAUUCCUCUUUGUUUUUAAUUCCACUUUACC